AUGUCAUUUUCUGUUCGAGCCGUCAAUUCCCCAUCGUCACAGAGAAGUUCGGCUUCUCAGGCGUACGUGUCGCCGAAGAUGCCUCCGCAAACAGUCAUGCGCCUAAAUAUGCCAUCGUUUUCUCUUUCUACCGCGGAGGACACGCUGAACAACGGCAAUCUUAGCUUUAUUACGAAGAAGAUUGGAACCAAUCCGACGCGGUACAAGACAGUGAUAUGCCGUAACUGGGAGGCAGGGAGCUGCAACUUCAAGGGAUGCACGUUCGCCCACGGUGUUGAGGAACUUCGUGCCCCAAUGCGUGUUGAAUGCUACGGAAGUUCCAAUCUGCAUCCACAUGCCACUGCACAGGGAAAGACACCACCCCAGUAUUCUACGGCGUUGCCGGGGUCUCUGGGUUCGCCACGGAUUGAACAAUUAUUGGAGAUGUUAUACGCGGAGGUGAUCCGUGACCGAGACCUUGUGACGGUACAUGUGGAGGCCAAUCGCACUCUUGAGUCACUGCUAAGGAAGGAACAAGCACUCCAUGACGAGACGCGGGCUCAAUUAGAAGCUGAGAGAACAAAAGCUAAUGAGCUUAUGCGAAUGGUACUGCAAACUAGCGAAGAACUAAAAAUGUUUCUCGACUCUCGUACAACUACCGAAAAACAGCGUGAUCGCAUUGCGGUACUAUUGAAUAAACUGAUAUUUAUUGUUCCUCAGUGCGAUAAUGCUAGGAAUAAAGAGAAAGAAGAGAAUAGAGUGGAAGAACUGCUUAGGGCACUGCAACAAUGCCAGAAAUCCGCAGACGCCUAG